AUGGUGAAAGAUGGUGAGGAGGAGGAAGGACGUGAGAACGAAGCAAAACUGUCCACCGGGACCAGAGACACCGGGAAGACCGCCAUGGGCCUCCCGCGUCCCCCCUGCACAUCUGUCAGACUGGCCGCCGCUGUGGCUCUGCUGGCGGCGGCUCUGGUCCGUCCUGUGGAGCCCUCUCAGGGGGACAAGGAGCCUGUGUACCGGGACUGUGUCAAGCAGUGUGUCCGCGUCAACUGCACUGGAGUCCGGCUGAAGGGGUUCGAGUCCGCCCAGCCCCCGUACAUGGCUCUCACAGGUUGGACAUGUCGUGAUGACUGUCGCUACCAGUGCAUGUGGACCACCGUGGGCCUGUACCAAGCAGGGGGCUACAGGGUUCCUCAGUUCCAUGGCAAGUGGCCGUUCGCUCGCUUUUUGUGCUUCGAGGAGCCCGCCUCGGCCCUGGCGUCUCUGCUGAAUGGCCUGGCGUGUCUCCUCAUGCUCCUGCGCUAUCGCAGCAGUGUGCCCCGACACAGCCCCAUGUACCACACCAUCAACGCCUUCUCUCUGGUUUCUCUUAACGCCUGGUUCUGGUCCACAAUAUUCCACACGCGGGACACAUAUCUUACUGAGAAAAUGGAUUAUUUUUGUGCCACAGCUGUUAUUCUCUACUCAAUCUACUUAUGCUGUGUCAGAACACUGGGUCUGAAGAGACCAGGAGUGUCCAGCAUGGUGGGCGUCCUGCUCAUCCUGGUCUUCACAUCACAUGUCUCCUACUUGACCUUUGUCAGUUUUGACUAUGGCUACAACAUGUUGGCCAAUGUUACUAUUGGAAUGGCCAACCUGCUGUGGUGGCUGUGCUGGUGCUGGCAGAACCGCAGGACGCUGCCGUACUGGUGGAAGUGUGGCGCGGUUGUCCUGCUCCUCCAUGGGCUGGCGCUGCUGGAGCUGCUGGACUUCCCUCCUCUGCUCUGGGUUUUUGAUGCCCACGCAGUCUGGCACCUGAGCACCAUUCCUGUCCACGUCCUGUUCUACAGCUUCCUGAUCGACGACAGCCUCUUCCUGUUAAACACAGAGAAGUUGGGGGUCAAAGUGGAGUAG